GGGUUUGCCUUGACAUUGCCCUGGGUUGCAAACACCAUUCCUCGUCCACCGGAAAAACGCUCCGUAGCCAUGGGACUUGUCAAUGGAUUCGGAAACCUCGAUAUUAUAAUGGGCUUGUAUGUCUGGAAUGCUUCGUGGAAUUCUCGAUACCAUCAAUUCAUGAUUAUAGCAUUGUGCAGUCUCGUUUUAUCUACAGCCCUGAGC